UCUCCCAUACAGGGACUGGUGGUGUAUCCCUCACAUCUGGUCAUCAAGGAGUACCCCAUGGUCAAGUCCUUGCACACCGAUCCGUUCUGAUGGAAGCAGUUGGAGGGUGUGGAGGAUGGGUUGGAGGAUGGAGUGCUGAGUAUGUUGCUGCAGUCAGUAGACAUGCUGGCUGCUGGCUGACGGAGUGUACUGUGGCCCCGUUGAUUUCACUCUCAGCAAUGACUCCAAGAAGACCAUAGCAGAGUACCAGCACAAGGAUGGCCAAGGAAAUCCUUCUCAAAUACCCAGAGAUCCUCCAUGCCGCUCACCCCUUCUUCCUCUCCCUCAAGUUUGUGGGUGCUGGUGGCUCUCUCCUGGAUGGAGCAGUUUUCGUGGAUCUAUUUACCUGAGAACAACUUGUCAACAAUUCCUGUGGAUGUCGUCAUCAGCGAGGGUCAGUGUUAGAUACCAACUUGCUGCUCAGGUGUCUGUUGUACCUGCUGGUUGGCAUCUCCACUUUGUCUCUCCUGGUGCUGACAGAUUAGCAGCAGGAGUGGGAACUGCAGUGGCUGUAACUCAUAUGACUUCACUGGUACCAAUCCAGACCACCUGGCUUCCCCAGGGACAGGCUUGUGUCACCCUGACCUUACCUCUACCUAUACAUCUACCACUGCACUACAUUUGGAAUCUGGUUGAGUACAUGUACUCAGACCCAAGCCUGAUGUGCUUGGUGGUGUAUCCUGAAAAUUUGGAGAUCCAGGAGAACUCUGUCACCAAGAACGUGCAAAUGAAUGUCAUUGGGUGGCUGAUGGCCGCUCCUCAAGUGAACCCAGAGAUCACUGGGCUAAAGUACAGCAAGAUGAGUGCCUUGGAGAAGCUGUGCCUUGAGUUGAAGGCUGCAGUCACCAUCAGAAAAGAGCAAAGCUGCAACAAGUCAUCCAAGUACUUUGUCAAGAAGGUUUAUGUUGAAGGCAACCUCCUGCCACUGCUCUCAGGAGAACAGUGGGACUCAUGACCGCCUCCAAGACCCACAGAGGAUUGGAAGGCAUAAAUUCAAUCUUGGGAUAACUAUUGACAUUUAAAACUGGUGACUCCACUUGUCAGAUUGUAGGUGGGAAAGUUUUAGGGUUGAUUGAUGGGAACAUUGUUGAUCUAAAUUCUUUUUUGGUAAAGUACUGUAAAUCACUUGCAUGUGAAGUUUCAAAUGGAUGAAAUAGCAUGAAUGGUAUUGUAGUUGAAUUGUUCUUUGUAGCUAGAAAAAAAAAAUUAGGGUCGAUUGAUGGGAAAACUAUUGUUCAAAAUCCUUUUAUUGUAAACUAGAUCAUGUACAUAGUUGUGAAAUUUUUUUGGAAAUGAAAUAGCAUGAAUGAU